AGAGAGCAAGAUUUCGGAGCAUUGAAGUGAUAUUUACUUGCCACUUUUAAUGCUUGGCCUGUCCUCCUUUUAAUGGGGUUUGAUGAACCCAAUUUAAGAACCCCUCUUAAGUAGACACACUCUCCUUGCAUGACUUCUGCAACCCAAAGAGGAGAUUUUGGAUGUCCUUCACUACAACCGUCUGUUUGAUCCCAAAGUUUAUUUCACUGGGCUUUCUCUUCCUUUCUCCUUCUUCUUCCUAGCAUUUUUUCCUUUUAGUUUUGCCCCCUCUAUGGCAGUUUGAAUAUGGCUAUUUAGGUAGGGGAGGCAAGAGUACUGCAGCAAAAGAAGAAGAGAAUUGGACGGAGUGGUUGCUAGUUUUCAUGGAUAUUAUGGAACUUACGGAGCUCUCUUUGGCUCCAAAUCAAUUUCUUGCUGACAAAAGCUGCCAUAGUUCAUCAUCUGAUCAGGCUGAUUUCAAUAUCCCUUCAAAGAAGAGGAAGCUUUUCCCAGAUCACCUGCUCAGUGCUGGAUCACAAUUUCAAACAAGUGUUGAUCUUCAAGUUAAAGACCCUCUACCACUAGACUGGGAGCAAUGCCUUGAUCUUGAAUCAGGUAAGAUGUACUACUUGAACAGAAAAACCUUGCAAAGGACGUGGAACUGGCCGAAAGAUCAGAAGCUAGACCUUGAACUCAACAUCUCCCAGAAAUCCAAUUGCUCGGAGCAAUGCAGCGCUUCCGUCUCACUCGAAGACUCUAACAAGCAACACUCAACAGGCACUAACAUGGUGGCUUUGGCUUGCUUGAAUUGCCAUCUCCUGGUCAUUCUCUCCAAAUCAUCCCCUGCCUGCCCCAACUGCAAGUAUGUCCACUCUCUUCCUACCUUAAAAGCCCAACCACCAAAAGUUACCGCCAUCAAGUCUCUGGAUACCUUAAGCCUCUUGAACUAAUAUAUGAUAGAAUCAUUUGAGGGGAGGCAUUUUAGCUUAAAAUCAGACCUUUGAUACGACUGGUAAUGUCAUGAUGCUUAAGUUUCACGGCUGUACUCAGAAACAGUAAAUAUAAUCUAGGGGGAAUGUGGUUUUCAUGUAAUUGACUUUGUUAUAUAUUCUCAUUUUGUUGGUAUUGGGCCUCUCUUGGUAAGGAGCAUUAAAUUUGUAGAAUGAAGGUCUGCCCAAAUGUUUAGGCCUUUCUGCAAGAAGUAAUGAGUUUUAGCUACUCAAAUAAAGUACAUGGCUUUCAAUGACAUAUAUCAAUGUUUCCCAUUUCUCGCC